AUGAAAAUUGAAUGUUUUGUUAAAGAUCUACCAUCAACAAGAACUUUAAUGGAGAGUCAAGUUAUCGAAGACAGACUUCAAUCAAGUUGUAGUGAAAGUGAUGGAACGUACCGAGAGGAAAGUACCGAAUGUAAGCACCACAAUCAACAAAGCAUACAUUAUCGAUUACGUACAGGCUCGAAACGUGCAUUAGUUCAUGCAAAGCAAAUGACUGUGGUACAUGACGAACGAAAUGCAUCUGAUCAUAAUUUAAAUCGUACGAGAAGUGACUCUUGUUCAUCAAUAAGUUCAUUACAUUCGAUCAGUUCAACUCAAUCGAUGAAUAUAAGACCACAAAUGUGUCUUAAUGGUUUAACAUGUUUUAACGUAGACUGCAGUUUUGAUCAUCCGGAUGGUUGGAAUCCUUGUAUGAAUGGAGAAAAAUGUGAAAGCUAUGAGUGUACUGCUAAUCAUCCUUUUAAACGCAAAUCAAAAUGUCGUGAUGGCAACCGUUGCAGAGCUAAUAAUUGUAAACUUUUACAUCCCGUAACACGUAUCGGAAAGUGUCCAUUUCGUGCAAAAUGUAAACGAUGGAAUUGUUCUAUGCUACAUCCUCGUACUCGAGCUCGACUGUGUCCUAAUAAAAAGAACUGUACUAAUUUAAGUUGUUUAUGUUUACAUCCACCAGAACGUACCAAGCUACUCUGUUCACUUGGAGCAGAUUGUCAUGAUCUCUCGUGUAGACUUAAUCAUCCAGCCGAACGUCCACCGAAAUGUGAGCAACCCGAUUCAUGUCCCAACUUGAACUGCAAUCGCCUUCAUCUACCAGAGUGGAAUCCAUGCGAAGCAGGGGAUAAUUGUGAAGACGAACGAUGUUCAAAAGUUCAUUCAUCCGAGCGUAGUAUCGGCUUUCAGCAAAACAAAGCAGCAUCUGUCAUGGACCUCUACACUAAAGCUCAGAAUCAAAAGAGUAAAAAAUAUUUAAAAACUCUUGAGCAAAGAAUCAAAGAUCGUGAGAAAGCACAACUACCGAUCCUAUCUUACCGUGAAGAAUUUUGUCAACGUCUUGAACGUGAACGUAUCCUAGUUGUCACCGCUGAAACCGGUAGUGGUAAAAGUACUCAAUUACCUCAAUAUGCCGCAGAACAUUUCGGUUCACUUAUCGUUUGUACUCAACCACGUGUUGUUGCCGCUCUCUCGCUCGCGCGUCGUGUUGCAGAAGAAUAUGAUGGGAAAUCAGUCGGUGAAUCUGUUGGAUAUCAAGUGGGUAAUGCAAAUCGAGUACGUGGAACGGAUAUUAUGUAUAUGACCGAUGCUACACUCAUUCGAGAAAGUCAAAGUGAUCCUAGUUUGAAACAUAUUCGCGUUCUGGUCAUUGAUGAAGCUCAUGAACGUACACUAAAUACAGAUGUUGUCAUUGGUAUUUCGAAAAUGUUACUUUCACAGCGCCCAGAUGAUUUCUACGUUGUUAUUGCUUCAGCUACAAUUGAUCCUAAAGGCUUUCUUCAGUUUUAUGAUCGUGUUAAUAGCAUACCUCUGGGAGUAAAAGGUCGAGUUUUUCCUGUUACUAAUGAUGAGAAAGCAUUGUCAACAAACUGUAAUGAUCAAAAACUGAACAUAUCACAUAUUGUUCGGUACGUCGUUGAGAUUUAUCCACAUCAUAAAGGACAUACACUUGUGUUUCUUCCUGGUCAAGGUGAAAUUGAACAAGCAUUGAAAAUAUUUAAAUCUACAUUAUCUGAUGAUUGUGUUGCACUUCCACUCUAUGGUUCACAAUCACCAGAAGAUCAAGAAAAAGUAAUUAAAUUUAAUGAAAUAGACAAACGAAUGGUUAUUUUCUGCACUAAUGUUGCUGAAACAUCGUUGACAAUUCCUAAUGUUCGAUUAGUAAUUGAUUCGGGAUGGGCAAAAGAAGCUCGUUAUGAUACAAAACGUCGUCUAACUGUGAUUGAAACUGUACGUAUCUCACGUUCAUCUGCUGAUCAACGUAAAGGUCGAGCUGGUCGAACUGCACCUGGCCAUUGUGUUCGUUUAUACGAAGAUAAAGAAUUAAUUCGACAAAAUAUAGAACCAGAAAUACUUAGAUCAUCACUUGAUCUUGUUCUAUUACAACUUAUUCGACUCAAAUUUGAUCCAAAAACUUUUCCGUUCAUAGAUCAACCAUAUAGUGAUACUAUUAAUAACUCGCUCGAUCUUCUCACAAAACUUAAAUGUAUAGAUGAACAAAUGAUUACAAAACGAGGCGAAUUGUUUACUGAACUUGGACUAGAUCCACGUCUUAGCGCUUUUAUCGUAGAUAUUUAUACAGAAUAUAAGAGUCUAUUAGAUUUACUAGUUGCUAUUGUGGCAAUAUUAUCAGCACCCGGUACAAUAUUCUUUAUGGGUGGUGCAACACAAGAAGCAAAGCAAGAAGCAAAAGCACGUGUCGCCCUUGACGCAAACAAUUAUAAAAGUGAUCUUUUACAUUUAUAUUUUGUUUAUGAUCGAUGGAAAAAUUCCAGUGGAAAAGAAAUACAAGGUAAAUGCUCAAAAUGUAAUAAACUAAUAAAAUAUUGUACAUGUCGAGUGAAACACAGUAAUGAAAAUAGUUUAAAUAAUAAAAUUCUUCAAUAUAUUGAUGGAUCAUGUACAUCGAUCAUAAAACAGAUCAAAAAUGCUCGUUGGCUGCAACCUGGUACUAAAAUCUUAGACGAUUCAGUUAAAAUUAUUGGUAAUCAUCUUGCUAAACUUUUUCCUGAGCAAUGUGGAUAUUUACUUGUUCCACAAUUACCAGUGGAAGGUGUUAGAUUAGUAGCCACUGAUAUUCGUGGAAGUAUUAGUAACACCAGUGUAUUCAUGCAAAAGCUUCAGAAAGAUUCAGAUCGUGAAUUUUAUCAACAUUUUGUAGCGAUGACUAUUACGCAGUUACCAUCGGGAAGAUAUAUUACUGAAAGACUUCAUCCUGUACUUAGAUCAGAUGUUACAGUACAGUCAUCUGUACAAAAUCUGAUGACGCUCGAAAAUGUUGGUUGGGAUCUUGCUUAUCAUUUGCGUCAAAAACUAAAUACUUACAAGUCAGAACUAUGGGCAAAAUGGCUCGUUUAUCAUUAUGAUCGAUCUCAAUGUCGUUUUAUUAUUUGGGGUCUUGAAACAGAUAGAUCACCUAUCGUAACUACUAUUCAACGCUCUCAUAACGAAGCACUAAAAAAACUUUCCGAUUCUUAUGAAUUAUUAGAAUGUGGACCGAUUAAAGCAAAUUUUCAAAGCGGUUUAGUAUGCACACAUAUCAACAAAAUGUCUGAUACAUUAAAACUUCAUCUUCAAAAUAUUCCUUGUCAAACGAUGAAUGAUUUAAAAGAUUGGAUUAACAAGAUGUUGGGCGUCGAAUGGAAUGAAAUAAAAGCUCAUGGUUUUUAUACCGUAAAAGUCGACAAUACAGAGAAGAAGAAUGCGUAUCUUAUUUUCAAAAAUGAAGAUAUAUUCCGUUGUGCAACAAAUAAGCUUCCUUCAUAUCAUAUGGUUGUUCAAGGAAGUAAUUUCGGAAGAUAUCGUGAUAGUGAAAAAGAUAGCUGGGGUAAAGAACUUGUAAUUCAAACGCCACUAAAUGUCACUAUCGGAGAUCUUAUUAGUCGAUACGGUGCGGAUAUCGUCAUGAAAUGUGUACAAUUAAAUAAAAAUAAUGAAGAACUUCGUGCAGAAUCGUUUGUCAAAUUAAAUAGCUUACCAAUCACGACUGAUGAGUUUUUUCUUCGUGAAUGUCUUCAAACGCAAAAUGGACCUAUUCCUAAAUAUAUAUAUGUAGGACGAACGAAAAAUAAUGCAAGCGGAUGGGCAAAAAUAACAUUCCAUAAUGACGUAGAACGUAAUCUAGCUGCGACUAUUUUUGAUACGGAACUAUGUCGUAAUAUAUUUCCAAUAAAUAUUAUUGGAAAAAGAGGUCCAACACAAAAAUGGAUCCGAACUAAUGUAACGAAGAAUGAUGAUCCUAAUGCAAGACAAAAUCAAUCACUGUCUUUUAAAAAUAUUUUUCGUAUCACUACGAUCAGUCGUGAAACUGCACUACAGAUAUUCCCAUCUCUAGAUACAAAUUUACCAUAUGCCAAACCUAUUAUUAAUCGUCACGAUACAUCACAAUGGGAUGUCGAUAGCUCGGCGACAAUAACUAUUCUGCGAACAGAUUUAUAUUCGGACUUCCAACAAACGAUUGAUCGUAUCUGUGAGAAAUUUGAAGUUCAAGUGAUAUGUAAAAAUAUUCGAGAUUUUGGCAAACGUUGUACAUUCAAUCAUGGAAGUCCUCAAAAGACAAGUUUAGCUGCUUCGAUGCUUGCGCAGACGUUUGCACCCAUUAAUAUUAAAUUAAAUACAGAACGGCAAAAGCAAUUAUUCCGUGAAUUAGAAGAAAUUAAUGAAAUACAAAAAUGGGCAGUAGAAUUAUGUUUAGCAAUUAAUCCGAACAAAUAUUAUACUAAUAUUGAAAUUCGAGGACCACAAACAUCUCAAGGACAGUUAAUGCGACGAAUUGCUGAUUAUUCGAAUACUUUCGAUGCACGUUUUCGUGAACUUGAACUCAGUGCAACCGUAGCAACAUUUUUUGGUCGAGAAAAAUCAGCAUCGAUUAAAUUACAACAGAUUGGUUCACAAUGGUCGUCAAAAUCUUGUUUAGUUUCAUUCAAUUUCAAAUCAGCAACGAUAACAAUUAUUGGUAAACCAAACGUGUCAUUAACAGAUAUGAAUGCUUGUGAAAAUGAAGUUCUUCAACUUUUGAACGACAUAACUGCUACUACUGACGAUACAGAAAGUGAUGAAGAAGAUGAAGAACACGAUAUUGAAGAUAAUAAAGAUAUGACAUGUUUCGAAACAGGACGAUUAGAACGUCGAUGUGUCUUUUGUCAACAAAAAUCAUCGAUUUCUACCAGUUUUUUUCGAAUUUGUGGACAUACCUAUUGUCGAUGUGCUGCUCGAUCUCUUACUACAUCUUCUACGUUACCGCUUCGAUGCAAAGCUUGUCAAUCGAAUAUUCAUAUUCGUGAUAUUCAAAUUAUCUUUAAUAAUGAUGAACAAGUAUUUUUGUCUUUACUUAAAAGUUCCAUUCAACAAUAUUUAACAACAAAUCCGCAACAAGAUGAUCGUGUCUUUUGUCCGAAUAAUGAAUGUGAUGGAUUAAUUAAACUCAAUAAUGAUUAUCAAACUUGUUUAACUUGUGGUGAAAAUGUCUGUCCUAAAUGUCAAGUAGUCGAUGAUGAAGUUCACGUUGGACGAACAUGUGCUCAAGUUGUGGAAGAAAAGAAACGUUAUCCCUUCUUAUCUCCACUCUUUGCUGCUGCCAUAAAAUUUGUUCAAAACAAUUGGCCAUUAGAUCCACUUGUCCGACCAAUUGGUCGAAUCGAUGAAAAUCCUUAUCUUAGAAGAGAAUACGAAUCGUUAACACGUUUCUACAAAGGUAAUGAAAUAUUAGGUCAUUCUUCUCCACCAGAUGUGGCCAAAGGAUUUUUUGCUUAUCAUGGUUCACCUUUUCAAGCAAUUAAUUCUAUCUGUCAAACCGGUUUUGAUCCCAACUAUCGUUCAGCUCAAGUCCAUGGUCGUGGUGAAUACUUUGGAGUCAAUGCACUUAUUUCUCAUAGUUAUUCUCAGAAAGGAGGUAGUCAAGAAGGAUUUAGUCAAAUGAUUAUUGCUUUCGUUCUUCGAUGUACUCAAGUUACAACUGUUAAGAACUUUUGUUAUGUUGUUGAUAAUCCAACGGACUGGACACAUGCUUUUAACUUACCUGUACUCAUUGUUACCUAUGGACGACAUGCAAUCAGUCAACCAUCUCCUUUUCCUCUUGAUAUUCCUUACUAUUCGGAUAUAAAAUCUUUUUGGAUUCCACCUUUUCGAUGGUAUUGGCGGCAACGUAAUGGACAACUUGAAUUGUAUAAUAGUAUUAUGAAUGAAUUAUUAGAAAAAAUCCAUGAGCAUUGGAAAUUACAUGAUGGACCUGUUGAAAUCGAAACUUCACUCUUGACUUCCUGUAUAGAUGACAUUUCUCAAACAUAUACAAUUAAUUUUCAAAAUAAUACACAAACAAAUACUAGAACAUCUUACUCACGAGCAAUUCAACGGCGUCUUGUAAGGAUACCAUCAAAUAAUCGACAUUGGUCCUAUUGUAACGAACUUGAUACUUGGAUGCGUCAUGAUCAUAUCGUCGGAACUAAGAUUGAAGAAGCAUUUCAGUCGUAUCGAUCGGGUCAAGGUUCAUCAACUGUUGACCUUCAAUUUCUAGGAUAUCCAGAAAUAUAUCAAGUUAAUUUUUUAAAAGGCCAACAAAGAAACAAAACUACCAAUCAAAUCAAAAACAUAAAACGCGAAUAA